GCGCAUUGGGUAGGGGAAAUUGUUAAGAGCUACCUGUUGCACUGGCACUAGCCAGUGAUCGAACGCUCGCUCCAACUACACAGAUUUUCCGAUGUCUUCUAUCCCAUUUCGCCUCAUUGCCUUUUGCUAUUUGGUGUUGGUAUAGGGAUAUGGUAAAUGGGAAAUUGUUCAAUACAUAUGUAUGUAUGCUGCUGCUGCUGCUCCCGCUCCUGUUUCUACUCUCGCUCCUGCUCUCUCUGCUGCUUCAAUUCCCGAUCCUGCUCCUGCCGUUAUACUUGCUGCUGCUCGCACAAAAGAGCAGCGACGUCGGCAGCGGGGGUUGCAUCGACGGCCGCCGCUCUUUAAAACCAGCUGCGCUCGGCUCGAGAACUACAUUUGUUUUCUGUUCGUCGUCGUGUCAACAUCUGCGCCUCGAGCUGCUCUCCCUCUCUCUGCCAUUCGUACGGUAGUGAAGUAAAUUUGUGUGUGUGUUUGUGUUAAAACGAUUGGGAUAUAAAAUAUUAAUACAAAACGCAGCACACAAAGAACUCACAAAGUACGUGCAUCUACAAACAAAUGCAACAAUGUUAAAACGGACACAAUAAUGAUACAAAACUCCAAAAAUAAAUAUAUAUGCAACAAUAAAUGCAAUAUUAGUUUUUAACAAAUACAUUUUACAAAUGCAACAUCAAAUUCAACGAAGGACUACAAAGUGCAAAGCCGCAACUAACGAAAACGAAACGAACUAACAAAUUAACUGUAAAUGUGCCAGCAAAAGAAGCGUGUGAGAAUUGUGUUUUAGCAAUUUUCAAAAGAAUCAAAUAAAGUAAAACAUUCACAAGUUGGAAUUCUUCAACCGAAAUAGCCAAAUAAUCUUUACGGCAUCCGCUACAAAUUAAUUUAAAUUAAAUAACACAAAAUGCUGUGGGAAUCAAUUGCCGAAGAGAACAACUGCACCAUGGAUUGCAAUAUCAGCAACAUGAACAAAAACAACACCAGCCGCCGCGUUCGCCGUGCGCUGACCAACAACACCAACACCAACAACAUGAACAAUAUCAUGGCUAUGGAUGCUGAGGAGGAGCUUUCGUUCUACGACGAUGACGUGCACACCUUACCGUUGUCGCCGUCGCACCGCUCGGUUAGCCCGGCGUUGCGCGGUCUGCUCUCGCCAGAGGGUUCGCCGCAGCGUUUUCAAAUUGUACGCCAGCCCAAGCUGUCGCAGCAGCAACAGCCAGCUCCAGCAGCAGCUGCACGUGCAACAACAACAACAUCAUCAGCAGCAGCAGCGGGCAGUGCUGAUACGCCUGCGCGCAGCUUUCGCAUAUUCAACAGCUUGUCCUCGUCGGGCUCCAUGGAGUCAUCCAUGGAUGAUGAGUACAUGGAACUGUUCGAAAUGGAAUCCUAUGCUGGCAUUCAACAAGCACCUCCAUCCACGCUCACCUUGCCCAGCGGUCUCAACUCGCUGAUCAGCGGACAGAUCAAGGUGCCGCCCAAAUCUCCGGAGGCCUUGACCAUGAUGAUGCGACGUCCAUCGGUGCGUCGUUGCCUCAGCAUGACAGAGACGAAUAGCAAUCAGCUAGCAUUAUCACAACAACAACAACAGCAACAACAACACCAACACCAACUGCAACAGCAACAGCAACCAAAGACGUCAGAGACUGCACGGGAUUGCUUCAAGCGUCCCGAACCGCCCGCAUCGGCCAGCUGCUCACCCAUCCAGAGCAAGCGUCACCGUUGCGUCGAGAAGGAGAACUGCCCCACAACUACAGCCGCAAUUGCAACAACAGCGACGGCGACCACCCACAGCCACGCCCAUCCGCCUCCGCUACGCAAAUGCAUGUCUCUGAACGAUGCAGAGAUCAUGUCCGCUCUGGCGCGUUCCGAGAAUCGCAAUGAGCCGCAGCUAAUUGGUGACUUUAGCAAGGCGUAUGCCCUGCCCCUGAUGGAGGGACGUCAUCGGGAUCUCAAAUCGAUCUCCAGCGAAACGGUUGCGCAACUGUUGAACGGCGAAUUCGAUCACCAGGUGGCCAGCUAUCGCAUCAUCGACUGCCGCUAUCCAUACGAGUUCGAUGGCGGGCACAUACGCGGCGCCAAGAAUCUCUACACCCACGAGCAGAUACUCGAGGAGUUCCUGAGCGCGGCACAGACUGAGCUGCAGCAGCAGCAAAAUGCCGUUGCCGGCAACAAGCGCAACAUCAUCAUCUUCCAUUGUGAGUUCUCGUCGGAGCGUGGUCCGAAAAUGUCCCGUUUCCUGCGCAAUCUGGAUCGGGAGCGCAACACGCACGCGUAUCCGGCUCUGCACUAUCCGGAAAUCUAUUUGCUGCACAACGGCUACAAAGAGUUCUACGAGACACAGUCGGAGCUCUGCCAGCCGAGCGCCUAUCGCCCGAUGCUCGAGCCGGCCUACAACGAGGCCUACAGGCAUUUCCGUGCCAAGUCCAAGUCCUGGAAUGGCGAUGGUGGCGCUGGUGGCGCUGCAACGGGUCGCUUUAAGAAGUCGCGAUCGCGGCUGAUGCUGUAGAUUCUGCUUCUUCUUCUUCAACUUAUUAUUUUUCUUUGCGACACGGUGGCAACGCCCGCAAAAAACGCGUAUUUGUAUAUAAAAGAGAGAAAGAGAGAGAGAGAGUUGGGUAUUUAUUUCAUUUUUAAAGAAAAAACCUUUUAAGUUGACUUUGUUGAUUUUGAUUUGUUAAUUUUAGUUAAGACUUAAUUGUAAAGCUACACACGCACACACACACACAUACACCCAUACAAUCCCCUACACACACUCAUGUAAAUUUUAAACUGUAACGUUCUUUUCUUCAGAAUUUCUUAAGUUCGUUUUUUCUUUGAUCAACUUUUGUUUAAUUGUUUUUUAUAUAUGGAAAUUUUUAACAUUUUAGUUCAAUUAAUCUAGAGCUUUAGUUUGAAUUUUUAUAACGUAACAAAAAAUGUGCAUUAUAAUCUAAAAUGAAAAUUUAAUGUCAUAAAAAUUUAAGCGGCCCACUCAUCUCCCCCCACCCCCUCACUAGUUCAUAAGCAGAAAACAGGCUAAACACACACACAUACAAUCAUCAUAAAUACACACAUACACAUUUCUAUUUUAGCUAUGUUAAGCAUAAGAGUUGAAAGUUGAAAACUUGUGUUAGGUACAAUUUACGCUUAUUUGUUUAUUUUACCCCUCCCCUUGCUCCGCGCCCCUGGAACACGGAAUACAUAAACAAACAUCCCCUUAUUAUAUAAUGAUUAUUUUAAGCAAAGCUUAUUUUUGCAUCAAAAAAGGCAAUAUUAUUGAAAAAGAUAUGUACAUUUUAAAUAUAAACAAAAACCCUGAA